UCUAACAAAAGUUGAAGGGUUGGGUGCGUGCGGGCGAAUGUACGCUUGCUGAAGACGAGACGAGACGAGGAGAGAAAGAAAUCGUCAAUCCUCUCGACUUCCGAUUCUGUAAAAAAACAAAAGAAAGUAUUCUCCAUCUCUGAGUCCACAGAUUGAUCUCCAGCAAUCUUUUGGCUCAGCAUCUUGUAUUCUUUAUUCCGUUUUUCUCUGCCCCACCCCAAACCUAAUUUUUCUUCACAAAAUUUCCAUUUUCGCGAUUCCUGCGACGACCCUUUGGCACACCCCCACCGCCCUUUGGAAAUCAACCUUCGAUUUUUAUUUUUACCCAACCCAGAAGCCACAGCGCUUUGGUGGGGGAAGCAGAGAUGGUGGGGUCGUUAAUGUGUGACCCCGGCGGCUCGUGAGAAGUCGUAUCUCGAUUGCUUUGCUUCUAUCUUUCUUUUCUUUUCGUUUUGCUAAUUGGGUACUUUCAUGGACGAUCUCCGGCAGCCAGUACUGCCAACGCCGUCGCCGCCGCUGGCAAUUGAGGGAGAGCACUGGACAAGGGCAGAAGCGGCUGCUCACAAGAUCAUAGGCCAGGUUCAGCCGACUCAUGUGUCCGAGAGGAGGAGGGGUGAGGUUAUUUAUUACGUGCAGAGGUUAAUCCGAGGGCGUCUAGGUUGCGAGGUUUUUCCAUUUGGAUCAGUCCCACUGAAAACAUAUCUUCCAGAUGGAGACAUUGAUUUGACAACCUUUGGAGGUGUAAAUAUUGAGGACAGUUUGGUAAAUGAUGUGAUUUCUGUACUUCAAUCAGAAGAAAAAAGUAGUGCUGCUGAAUUUGUAGUGAAAGAUGUUCAACUCAUCCGAGCUGAGGUUAAGCUUGUCAAAUGCAUCAUUCAGAAUAUUGUGGUUGAUAUUUCAUUCAGUCAGUCAGGAGGACUCUGUACUUUAUGCUUCCUCGAGCUGGUUGAUCGCUUCAUUGGAAAAGAUCAUCUCUUCAAACGCAGUAUCAUACUGAUUAAGGCAUGGUGCUAUUAUGAAAGUAGGAUACUUGGUGCUCACCAUGGCUUGAUUUCGACAUAUGGUUUGGAGACUUUGGUUCUAUACAUCUUCCAUCUUUUCCAUUCAAAAUUGAAUGGCCCCUUAGCAGUUCUAUAUAGAUUUUUGGACUAUUUUAGCAAAUUUGAUUGGGAUAACUACUGCAUUAGUUUAACUGGUCCCGUCCGCAAAUCUUCCUUGCCAGCGAUUGUGGCUGAGGAGCCUGAAGAUGGUGGGAGCGACCUCCUUCUUAGUAAAGAUUUUCUUAGGCACUGUGCAGACAUGUUCUCAAUUCCUUCCAGAGGUGUUGACACAAAUUUGCGAGCAUUUCCCCACAAGCACCUCAAUAUAGUAGAUCCACUAAAAGAAAACAACAACCUUGGCCGCAGUGUCAGCAAAGGAAAUUUCUGCCGAAUCCGGAGUGCUUUCACAUAUGGGUCCCGAAAACUUUGGCAGAUCCUUUUGCACCAAGAAGAUCGCAUACCUAGUGAACUAUAUAAAUUUUUCUCUAACACUUUGGACAGGCAUGGAAGUGGACAGAGGCCUGAUGUUCAAGACCCUGUCCCCAUCACUGGCGAUUAUUGUUCUCUUCCUAGAUUUUUAUUUCCAGCAAACCAGUCAUCUCAAGAUGAGAAAAUAAUUUCUGAAUUAAAGUCUGCUAAUUCAGUUCACUUAAAUGGAGUAUACAAGUUGAACCUUGAUGGAUCAUCCAACGAAGGCAGUAAUUAUGUUGAGGCAUCAGGGAUGGAGAUGAAAAAAGGGAGAACUGUAAAUGAACAUAAAAAAAGCUCUGAAGAAGUGGUUAACUCUGCACCGUUAUCAGAAAUUGAUGGUUCUAUAAAUAGGGUUGCUGCUAAGGGCCAUCGCUUUUCUGGGGAUGCGGAAGACCUUGCAACCUCCAAAUUUCAAAGUCUUAGAAUUUCUAGUGAUCCAGCUAAAGUUAACCAUUCAAGUGGUGAGGAGGAGAAGUCCCAGCGACCUAUUGUACAUUUUGCACCACAUCUCUUUUUCUCUGGCUCUGCAUCUAGUAAUGCAAUGGUUGAGCAUGGAAAGGCUGACGUUAAGGGGCCAGAAAACACUGGUUUAACUGGAGAGAGAGUUUCUUCUGGGCUCUUGCCUUUGCCAGAUGAAGCAGCAGGCAUUUUUGCUGGCUAUGGCCGUGAGAAGAGCUUGUCUUUCAGCAAUCAGGAUAUGCUAGCCACAGAUGCAUCAAAGGAUGUUGCCUUGAUCUCCAAUCCUGUUUCUUGUUCCUCAGCUGCUUAUAAGCCUGGCUAUAGGGAAAUGACCUGUGUGGGUGCUGCUUGUAGUCCUGGAUAUUUGCAGUCCUUGAUCGAUCUCAGUGGGGAUUAUGAGAGUCAUUUUAACAGUUUGAAUUAUGUUAGGCAGAGCUAUGAGCACUCCUCGAGUGUGCCUGCAUUGCCCGUGCCUCCAGCAUUCAUCCCCCAGCUUCAGAAUAAGAGCUCAUGGGAUUUGAUCCAGAAUGGGGGUCAAUUCAAGCGGGAUGGUUUACUCGAUGCGAAUGUUAAUGGUGUUGUCCGACGACCACCUUUCCAUCCCAUGAACUCACUGCUAAUACCUGGUGGAACUUUUGGUGUGGAAGAGAUAAAGCCACGAGGAACUGGGACAUAUAUCCCACAUACGAACCGGCCUCCAUACCAGAAGCCUUUGACUGGAAGGGCAAUGAAUCAGGAGCCAGCCAGGUCCCCUCGUAACAGUGGUCGAGCAGCGACAACUAUGGAGGCAAUCUUCCCACACAACAGAAGCAGUCACGAACACUUCUCUUCUGAAGGCAAUGCAAAACCUGGACCUUCAGAUUUCUCUGGGGCCCAUUCACCUGGGCAUGUUCGGUUGGGAGUGCAGUUGGUGGAGGGCAGUAAAAAUGCCUCUUCGCUGACCCAAACUCCUGCUCAUAGCCAUCCAACAAGGGAAAUGCAGAAGUCAAAGCCUGUACUUGGUAUGAAUCAGGAUAGGAUGAUGGCAGGAUCAUCAUACCGUUUGAAGAAUGAAGACGAUUUCCCGCCUCUGCCAGUCUGAAUGUGGCGGGAAGGGAUGGGAUGGAUGCAACCCUCGAUUAUACCACCGGUGUAGUUAGUAUGAAUAGAACAAAGACAAGAUAUGCCAACAAACCAGCCUGCAUGAAGUUUUCUACCCAUCUGUCGGUAGUCUUUGAUGUUAGAGAAGGCAGCAAGCGAAAUAGCAUAGAUCAAAAGCCUUGUGUACAUUCUGCAACUUGUUUAGGCCGUGGUCUUGUAGGAUCUUACAUCUUUGCUCUACAUUUAAGCUGUUGCCUGUUUGUACAGGAUGAUAGAAAAAGCUAUAUAUGGUUUUGAAACAGAUUUUGUUUG